AUGUCAUAUCAAUCCAUUGCCUUCCAAUUAUUCAAUCUAAACGAUUAUGGAAUCAAAUUAUUCCCAUCUUUCAAGAUUGAUACACUUUAUUUAGCAAAAUUUCAAAUUGUUGAAAAAUUCCCAGAACAACAUGAUGAUAUUGAUGAAGGAAGUUCACAAAGAUUUGAUAAAUUAUUAUUAAUUCCAUCAAAAAAUGAUAAAGUUCAAUUAUUGAAAAAUUUCCCAUUUACUGCAUUAUUAAGAGAUGAAUUGGUUCAUUUGAAUAUUACAGGUUCAAUUGGUCCCUUAGAGAAUGGAUUACCAUUAUUUAAUGUUGAAUAUAAUUAUAUCUUAAUAUUAUAUUUUGAUACACAGGAAACUGUUAAUAAAUUAUUAAAUUAUUUAACCAAUACAGGAUUACAAUCAAUAAAUAUUGAUAAUAUAGAUAAAUUUAUUAAAGAUAAAGAAGAUGAAAUUGAUGAAAAAUUAUAUAAAGAAUCUCAUGGUCAAAAAAGAUUACAAAAAAAAAUAAAUCCAAAACAUAGUAAAGAAAUUCCAUUAUUAUCAACUCAUAUUAAAAUUUUAGAAGAUGAUGAAACUUAUAAAGAUGUUUAUUUAAAAUUAAUUAAACAAUUUGAUGAUCUAUUUCUACAUUCUGAAAAUGCAAAUUUUGAAUAUGAUUCAAAGAUUCAAAAAAAUAUUGUUUAA